AUGGUUUCAGGCAAGGCUAUCUACAAACACAAUGAUGGAUACAUUCUCCUAGAUGAUCUGGAAUCUUGGUAUGCGCGUGGACUAGUCGAGUCAGAUGACAAAAUUCGGAUUUUCGAAAUUGGAGGAAACGGAUCGUGUGAGACGUAUACAGUUGGUACCUUGGUCAAAACGUAUGAGGAGGAAUACCCAUUCAGAAGAGUCCCACGUUUCUUCUCCUCUGUGGAGAACAAGGAAAACAGCACACCCAAAACGUCUUUUGCCAGCAGCCAAAACUCAGCUCUCCCAAAUGACAAAAAGACUGAACAACGGAUUCAAGUUUACCAUAGACCAGCUAAAACGAUUCCAGUAUCAAAGAAAUCAUCGAUUCGGAAUCAAGUCACUUAUCCAAAUCAAUCGGACAAAGUCCGUCGGACGUCAGACGUCGAACAAACGUCGGAUACGGAGGCAGAACAAUUCGAACCAAAGUUGUGCGUUCCAAACAAAUCAAAGAAGGGGGAUAUGAUUACCGGUGACGACGUCGUCGAUGAGAUGAAAAAGCUAAAAUCAGCACUCUGGAAACAACGGUUAGAUAGAUUGGCUAAAUCGAUUCCAGUAGCACAGAAAUCGUCAAUUUGGAAUCGAGUCACUUAUCCAAAUAAAUUGGACAGAAUCAAACAAACGUCGGAUACUGAGUCAGAACAAUCCGAACCAAAAUUCCCUUUGUUCUACGUUCCAAAGAAAAAAUCAAAGAAGGGGGAUAUGAUUACCGGUGACGACGUCGUCGAUGAGAUGAAAAAGCUAAAAUCAGCAUUCCCUAUGAAAGAUUGGAAGGCAUCGGAUGACGAACACUUCGAUUUUCUGAAACAAACUGACUCCAAAAAGAUCCGCUGCCAUAUAUGUAACAUUCUCCCGGCCUGUCCAUCACACGCCAUUCACCACUUAUUCCGCAAGCAACACAUCAGAGAAAUGGCAAACUAUGAGAUGCCAAGAAAGGCAUUCGAGUUUUGGACCCAGCAUUUUGACAAAUGCAACCAGAAGAAGCAUUAG